UUUUCCUGCUUGUGAGGGGUGUGAAGUGAGGGACGAAACGGACACCUGAUUGGUCCGCUCAGGAGGCCACGCCCCUUUUCAGCUUGGGAGGGGAACAAAAGGCUGAGAGCGCGGGUGAGAAGACGCCGGAGCUGCUGAGGAAGAAGGCUGAGAUGCAUCCAAGUGAUAUAGAAGAGAGGACUGUGGCUGUUGCCACUCUCACGAAACAGUAAGAAAAUCUACACUGGCCAAAAUCCAUUCUGUAAACCACUUCAGGCCUAGCUCUGCAACAUGGAGCCUCGGCAGCUGGUGCCUUUGCAGCCCGAACCGAGUUUUGUCCGCGACGCCAAGCAGAACAUGGCUGAGCUUUCUCUGUGGACGGUGGUGGCUGCGAUCCAAGCUGUGGAGAGGAAAGUGGAUUCUCAUGCCACGCGGCUGCUGAACCUGGAGCGCAGGAUGAUGACGAAUGAGAAGAAGUAUGUGGAUUGCGAAAACGCAGUGGUGGACUUUGGCAACCAGAUGGAGUGCAAGUUGACCGCUCUAGGGACUCUGAUCCAAGAGUAUGGGUUGCUGCAGAGGCGGCUGGAAAACAUGGAGAACCUGCUUAAGAAUCAGAACUUCUGGAUUCUGAGGCUCCCGCCAGGUGCCAAGGGAGAAACACCCAAGGUGCCUGUGACCUUUGAGGACAACUCGGCCUACUUCUCUGAGCAGGAGUGGAGCAACCUGGAGGAGUGGCAGAAGGAGCUCUACAAGAAUGUGAUGAAGAGCAACUAUGAAUCCUUGGUCUCACUGGAUUAUGCCAUUGCUAAACCUGACCUUCUCUCGCGGAUUGAGCAAGGCAAGCGUCCCUAUGAGGAAGGGGAGGAAGAAGAGGUCUCCAAGGGGAGGGAGAUUUCGUCAGAGCCCAGCCCAGAAGCAUUGGUUUUUAGACCAGGCCUGAACUCACAGAUGGAAGGGGUAGAAAGUGUACAAGUCAGCGAAGACCAAGAGAAAGCUGAAGUAAAGCCCACGUCGAGUGACCUCAGUGUCGACUAUGGGCCUGCAGCUUCCUCCUUCGGCUCUCAAAUAAAACGGGAUGAAGAUGCGAACCCUGAAGGCCCAGAGGUCUCUGAAGGAGGUGAACUGCACGUCAAACCGAAUACGGCUCCCUCGAGAGACAAGGCGUUGAAGAAGCCCAAGCAAGAAGAGGCGACCCCCACAAUCCUGGAGACCUGGAUUCCGGUGGAAGCCUCCCAGGAGAGCGCCCUUCUGGUCAAAGGCUCCCUCUGCCCCGAAAUGUGGCUGAGGCCUCCUCUUCCAGGAGUGGAAGGCAGGGCAUUUACCCCCUUGGGAGCCAGCCUGGCCCAGUGGCCGAAGCAGGAGGUGGCCCACCUCCACGACUGCCCCGACUGCGGGAAGAGCUUCAGCCCCCCGCCUGGCUUGCAGGACCACCAGCGGAGCCACGCUGCCCUCCUGGCUUCUGCGGGGAGCCGCUUGGCCUCUCCUCCCGGGAACGAGGGGCUCCUGGUCCACGCUCUGGGCUGCCAGCCGGAAGGUGGGGCUGAGCGGCACUCGGCGCCUUCAGCGGAGGAGCGGGACUGGUCCUGCCCCUGGUGCCAGCAGCGCUUCCGCCUGCGAGUGAACCUCCUGAUCCAUGAGAGCAGCCACCUGGAAGCGGCCUCAGAGCUGAGCGGCAAGGACCGCCUGGCCUGCCGCUUCUGCCCCCGGCGCUUUGGCCGCUCGGACCACCUGCUGCGCCACCAGAUGAGCCACACGGGAGCCCGGCCCUACCAGUGCUCGGCCUGCGAGAAGAGCUUCACGGACAAGAGCAAGCUGACCAACCACUACCGAACCCACACGGGCGAGCGGCCCUUCCGGUGCUCGGCCUGCGGGAAGCGCUUCAUCCGGCGGCACCACCUGGCCAAGCACCAGCGCACCCACACCCGCGAGCGGCCCCACCAGUGCCCCCUCUGCCUCAAGCGCUUCAUGCAGAAGCACCACCUCCAGAAGCACGUCCGGACGCACACCGGCGAGAAGCCCUACAAGUGCAGCCACUGCCCCAAGGCCUUCUCCACCAAGCAGCGCCUCCUCCAGCACUGCUGCGCCUCUGGGGUGGCCAUAGCGCCAGCCACCCAAGGCCCCGCCCUCUGACCCUUGCCCUCCCCUCCGCCUCGUGGCCCUGUGCAGGUGGGCUGGCCUGCCAAGGUGGUGGCCCCUUUGGUUGGAGACACUUUGCUGCAAAAUGUCCUAACAAAUGCUUGGAUGUGAUGUUGACCGUAAGAGAGAUUCCAAAUCCCCAAGCUAUGGAUUCCUUGGAGAACUUGUUGGAGAACCUCAACUGAAGUGGUGGCCCCAUCGGCUGGGGACAUUUUGCUCCAAAAGGCUUGCAAAAAGUCACAACAAAUGGUUGCGUGCAGUGUUGGCCGUAAGAAAGAAUCCAUAUUAUAUCACUAUAUUAAGCUAACCAAAAAGCGGCCAGAAAUCUCAAGCAAUGUGUUCAGUUUGGAACGUGAUGAUGUACUUCAACUAAGUUGAUAGUUGGACAUGUUUUGCUUCAGAAAGGUUGCAAAGCUCAAACAGUUCAUUGAAAUAUCCAUAUUGUACUGAUAUUACUGUUUUAAGCCAACCAAAAAGGGCCACAUUGGUGUUGCAAAUCCCAAGAAAUUGAUUCAGUUGGGAACUUGAUGGAGAACCUCAACGAAGGUGAUGGUGAUCCCUUUGAUCAAGGACACUUUGCUUUGAAAGGAUUACAGAGAAUUCCAGCGAACGGUUGAGUGUUUAUUGACCAUAAGACAAACAGAUCUGUAAUAUGUCACUAUGGUAUAUUAAGCCAACCAGAAAGGUGCAGUGCUGUUGUUGGAAAUCUCAAGUGAUGGACUCAGUUGACAACUUGGUGGAGAACCUCAACAUUUCUGUAAAUUUGGCAGCGGGGAGAACCGGUUGUAAAUUCCAAGUGGAGUUCCUUGCAAGAUGGUGGCUUCUGUACAGUGUCUCAGUUGGAGGCCCUUAUGGUCUGUAAAACAAAUCCCACUUGCAGUGGAAAAGCAAUAUGGUCCCACAGCAUGGUAUAUAUCAUACAUGGCAGAUCCUAAGCAUAGGAUCCUGACACAGAGGACUUCUAAACAUGCAAGGUAUAAAUGAACGAUUCUUCUUGGAGAACAAGAUUGGUCAGUCCUUGGAGGGCAGACUGGCGAACGGACUCACCUUUACACAUGGCGGCAAAAAGGGUCUUAAUGGUGCUUUGUACUUGUGUUGAGAAAUGUCUUGUGAAGGAAUGUAAGUAUUAUUAGAUCCGGAAGGUCGCUACACCAAGGCUGUUUUCUUGAACCAGCCAUGAAGGACAUGACAUUAGGACUCAGUAGGGUUGUGGCAUCUUGUGCCUAGUAGUCAACAGUGGUUGGGGUGGGAUUUUAGGGGAUUUUAUUUUUCAAAAAUGAAAACGUUGGAUAUAUACGCCUUAUUAUUUUGGUACAGAAUUGGGUUCUUGUUAAUUCAUGUAGCUGGAAUUCGAUCAUGUCCUCAGAAGAUGGCUGAAGUUGAUUUGGAGAGGGAUUCUGGAAGACGUCGCUCAAAAAAACCAAGCUCUGCCGGUGUCCAUGCUUAGGACCAUAGCAUUCUAUAAUGAUCGCAGUCGGGAUGUCCUGGCAAAAAACUGGAGCCCAUCACAGUCUCGCUUCUCCGACUCACCUCUACAAUUUGUUGUUGUUGUUGUGCAUAUUGGCUUUCCUCACGGCUUUCGUUCCUGAUGAUACCAUGCGACGGACUUAAGAUGGGCAGAAAAAACAUUUGCGAGGGCGCCUCUUGACCCUUUUAGCCUCUUAUAAUAUACCUUCUUGAUUGAAGCAGUUUUGUGUGUAUGUGCCUGGACACAAGCGUGGGAGAAGAAACAGACCUUUCCUUUUGGGGUUUUGGGAGUGGAUUCGCUCCUUUGGUGAAGAAACCAAAUGUAGGAGGGAGGAUGGGAAGUGGUUUUGUAUAUUUUAGGUCCGGUAGGCAUUUCCUUCUCACUCUCUCCUGUUUCUUUUCCUUUUUGUUCCCCCUUUUUGACUGAUGACCCAGUGAGAAAGGCGACUCUUCCCCAUGUGCUGCUCCAUUGCCUUUACAGGAUUGCGAUGUGCCCUCAGUUCUCGACAGAAGGCAGGCUAUGAACUGAAAUAAAACCCAUUUGGCACAA